AUGUCUCUCGCUCGCGCCAUGACCAAGCGCAUGAAGCGUACCGAAGCGCCUGAGAAGACAACACCAUCUCAUAGCAAGAGUGUCAAGAACCCAACUCUGCAAAUCGACCGCAACCAGAUCUCGCUGCCCAUUGCUCUGCUUUCCACAACAAACACACUUGUCUACGACGCCCCGGAUCUUGCCAGCAUGGACUUGACCGCCAUGCGCAACGUCUCGUCGCCAACAUCGACCCACUCGUCCGCCGACGACUCAGACCACAGCAUCUCCGGCCGCUCGCGCGCCUCAUCGCAAGGCUCCCGCUCCACACUCACCGAUGCCUCCUCGGUAGGUUCGUCGCCCACCUCGCCGACCCCGAACCAUCUCUCCGGCUACUUCCCCGCGCCCAACGGCAAGCAGCUCCGCAAAUCCGCCUCGACCAACUCGCUCAGCAAAGUCAGGGAAGAGCCCACCGAGCCCGUCCCUGCACUCCCCCAGCGCGCCGUCUCGCACAGCAAACGCGCCCACGUGCAGCUCGCGCAGAAGCGCUCCAUGCAGAACCUCAGCAUGCGGGGGGCAUCGAUGAGCUCGCUAGGCUCGCUAGGCUCCGUACGCGAGCAGCGCUCCAGCCUGGACAUAUUCGCUGCGGCCACCAUUUCCGAGGAAGCGGAAGCGCACCCGUUCGGGGCGGAGCUGGAGCAGCUCAACGAGGCAGUCGAGGAGUUCAGUGGCGUGGCGCGCAGCGCCGAGGAGCAGGCCGACGUCGAGCUGAUGCAGCGGCGCGGGCUGGCUGCGUUUUGCGCGGCCGAGUACAUGGCGGAGAUCCAGCCGUUGUUUAGCGCUUUGAUUGCGCCGCCGCGCAUGGCGUGGAUCUAG